AUGGCCGGAGCCCAUCAGCAGCGCGUGAGUGUUGACGAGGAGAGUGGGGCGCUUUGGGAAAGAGCUGACAUGGAGAUUCUCCUUCUAGAUGGCUAUGAGUUGGCUUACUAUACCCUGAGAAGAGUACACGAUGGCCAUUUGCAGUCCUUUUUGCCCGUCAAUACCGGUGCCACAUCAGUACAAGCUGUACCGAUCGAUGCUCAACUUUCAGACAUACAGGCCCUAGAAGGUCUACAAGCCAAUCAAGAAGGUCCAGAAUCCGGUUCGCUGGAACCGAUUUGCUUUUCAAAUCACGUACCAAACGAGUAG